AUGUCUGCCAUGAAGUACGUCCUCUUGGCUACAGCAGCCAUCCAGGCCGUCAGUGCUCAUGGAACGGUGAACGGUAUCAUGGCGGAUGGAGUCUUCUACGAGGGUUACAGCCCGCAAAUGCAGUACAAGAAGCCCCCGCCACAAGUCGUUGGCUGGUCCAUCCCCAAAGACCUGUCCAACGGCUUCGUCGCCGUCGACAAGUACGCAGACCCCGACAUCAUCUGCCACGUCGGCGCUGAGCCCGCCCCCAUCGCCGCCAAAGUGACCGCCGGCUCUAACGUAACUGUCUUCUGGACCGACUGGCCCGAGUCGCAUCACGGGCCCAUGAUGGACUACCUCGCUCCCUGUAACGGCGACUGCGCAAAGGUCAAGAAAGAGGAUCUCGAGUUCUUCAAGAUCGACGCCGUCGGCCUCGUCGACGGGUCCAAGGCGCCGGGCAAGUGGGGUUCCGACGACAUGCUCUCGAACAACAAGUCAUGGACGAUGACGAUCCCGGCCAACAUCGCGCCUGGGCAGUACGUUCUGCGCCACGAGACGAUUGCGUUGCACGAGGCUGGACGCGAGGGCGGCGCUCAGAACUAUCCGCAGUGCCUCAACCUCGAUGUCCAGGGCGGAGGAUCCGAGAAGCCGAAGGGUGUCAAGGCGACGGCGCUGUACAAGUCUGGCGACGACGGUAUCAAGUUCAACAUCUACAAGGACAACCUCGAUUACCCCAUACCCGGCCCGCCGAUGAUGGGUCAGGAGGCGAAGCCAACGCGACGCAGAAGGAGGGUGACCGUCAUCUACUGA